ACUUUUAAAGUCAUUCUCAAGAAAACUUUGAUUGAAAAUGGGUGAACAAGUUGAAAAUGUAUAUGAACUACCAAUGGAAGAAUAGAAUGCAUCAAACUGCGAAUAUAGUACGCAAACUAAUGUGAAGAAUAAUAAACUUGCUGACUUUUUUAAAGCAAAUAGGAAGAGAAAUAAAUUAUUUGUGCUCCUGAUUGUAAUGCAGUUGAUUUGUUUAUCAGUUGCAGUUGCAUUCAUUGUCAUGCAUUUCAAUGCAUAUAUAGAAAGAAGUGCAAGACUGGAAGGACAGAUACAACAAUUGACAGUAAACCCUUCGAAUCUUGAGAGACAGUUUCACUUAUUACUUGGCUGCGGGUAUGGAUGGCAAAGGUUUAUGAGCAGUUGUUAUGACUUUCAAUUAAGAUUACGGAAGACAUGGUAUGAUGCAAAGAUUGACUGUCAUACAAAAGGAGGAUACCUUGUGAAAAUUGACAACGCUGUUGAAAAUUGGUUCCUAAAAUCUUACAUACAAACUGAUAACAACACACAUAACGUUUGGAUUGGAGCACAUGAUUCUGAACGAGAAUCUAAUUUUGUCUGGGAAUCCGACAAUUCAUCUCUUUCCUAUACUGACUGGAAUUCUGGCGAACCUAACAAUGAACUUAACGAGGAUUGUGCAUCUAUGCGUAAAAAACGUAAUUACAGAUGGAAUGAUGUGUCAUGUUCACUGUUGUUUUCAUAUAUUUGUGAGAUACAAUGAAAUCCGUUAUGCCAUACUCUCGUUGUUGACCACACGUACAUCAUAGUAUCUGUAUCGUGUCUUAAAUAUCACAAAUAUUAAUUA